AUGUUAGUCUGUACCACCACAGCCAUCAACGCAGCCCCCUACGGAGUCAUUGGUGUGCUUGUCUACACAGACCCUUUGGACAUCAACGAUGGUCUCAUGUCAGACAUCAAUGAGACGUAUCCUCACUCCUGGUACAUGCCGCCGUCUGGAGUGGAGAGAGGCUCCUUCAACAGUCGCUAUGGAGACUUGCUCACACCCUACCUGGCUGCCAAAGAUGAAACCUACAGAAUUUCAACCGAGAACAUCACAGGGAUCCCUCCCAUUCCAAUUCAACCAAUAGGAUUUGAGGAUGCCUACAGGCUUAUCUGUGAGCUAGGUGGAACAGCAGCUCCAGCUGCAUGGCAUGGAGCAUUCAACUGUACCUACAACUUUGGCGGUCCGGGGUUCAAACCCACAUCUGCUUUCAACAACAGUGAAGUGAAACUGGACAUCUUCAACCAUGAAGAACUGAAAAACUCCUCCAAUGUGAUGGGAGUUAUCAGAGGGAGUGUCGAGCCAGACAGGUAUGUGAUCUAUGGGAACCACAGGGACAGUUGGGUUCAUGGUGCCAUCGACCCGAGCAGUGGGACGUCGGUCAUGCUGGAAUUGACCAGAGUGCUGGGCACGAUGGUGAAGCAGGGCAAAUGGAGGCCUCGCAGGUCCAUUAUAUUUGGAAGCUGGGGAGCGGAGGAGUUUGGCCUUAUUGGGUCUGCGGAAUACACAGAGCAAUACUUCACCAAGCUCAGUGAGCGAACUGUUGCUUAUAUUAAUGUGGAUAUAGCUGUUUUUGCCAACGCCACUCUCAGGGCUUCUGGGAUGCCAUCACUACAGAACGUCAUCUUUAAAGCCACAAAACAGGUCGAUGCACCUGGACUGGACUCCACAUCUGUGUAUGACAACUGGAUUCGAUAUGCCAACAGGACAAGCCCGGCCCAUGGACACAUUCCCAAGGUGGGAUACUUGUCAGGAGCAGGGAGUGACUACGCUGCCUUUGUCCAUUACCUGGGCAUCACUUCCAUGGACAUUUCAUACACAUACGACAGGAGUAAAACAAAUGCUCGGAUAUACCCAGCGUACCACACAGCAUACGACACCUUUGACUACGCUUCAAAGUUCAUUGAUCCUGGAUUCGUCAGUCACCAGGCCAUUGCCAGGACAGCAGGAAACAUCCUGAUCCGACUGGCUGACAGCCUGGUGUUGCCAUUAAACUGCAGUGACUACGCAGAGAGCCUGGAGGACUACCUCAACACAGCAGUCACCCUAUAUCAGCACCAACUGCAAGCUAGGGAAAUCUCCAUGGAACCACUGAAAUACGCAGUGGCCAGCUUUCGCAGUGCAGCUACUCAUUUGGAUGAGGUGAUUCGCAGUUCAGACCUGGCAAAUGAAACACCGCUGAAGGUCAGAAGGAUCAACGACCAGCUCAUGCUGUUGGACCGAGCCUUCUUGGACCCUCUGGCCUUCCCAGAUAAAUAUGCAUACAGGCAUGUUAUCUGGGCCUCAAGUAGUGCCGGCAAGCCAACCUUCCCAGGUCUGGCUGAUGCCUUUGCCAACGCUGAGUCAUCAGGACAAUCCAGUGACUGGGACAAAGUGCACUACCACCUGUCAGUCCUGAGCCAGGCCAUCGAGGGCGCUGCUCACACACUGGUCGACGUCAUAUAGACAAAGAGGAGGAAGGAGAGAGGAACUGCACUCGCUAAGGGAAUAUUAAUUAAAAAAAACGACAGGGACCUGCAGCCAAUGAGCACUGAUCAGCUCGGCCGUGGUGAGACUAUGGGUGAUAUAAAGUGAGGGCUUUUAUGAACCCAUGAGCAAAGCUCAUUGCCAAACAGCAACAUGAAGGGUUUCUUCUAUCUUUGUCACAGGAUUAAUAUAUUUAAAAAUGACUGACCUUUU